AUGGACGCGGCGACCGAAAGCAACCAAAACAAUGCGCAUUGCGCCGACAACUAUACCAACGAAGCUGGUCACCACCCCACAUCCCCCAUGGAAGAUAUCAAGCACGAAGACAUAUCCAUGAUCCCACCCAUGCCUCUGAACUCCACUCCCAAGCAGAGGCCCACACCUCUCAAGGGCAGCAAGAGCAGCAACAUGCUGCGCUCCGUCACUGCCCCCCACCCCCUCUCUCUCUCAUCCAGCCACAGCUCCCUCCACCACUUCCAGACCUCCGGCAGCCCCAUGUACACAACAGCCUCCGCCUCGGUCGGAUUCACCAGCACCAACAGCGGACUCACCAGCACAAGCAGCAGCAACAGCUCUAUUUAUACACCCAACACGCCCGUCGGCCCUCUCUCUGCACCCUCUUCACCCUCCUUCCCCAACUCGGUCGCCUCUGGACCCACUGUCCCUCCAUCCUUCAUGGCGAUGCAUGGUCACAACAGCAGUCUGUAUGAGCCAUUCCGACGAAACUCUGUCCCCAUCCUGACGGUCGACCAGGCCGAGCACAAACGCAAGGCCUCUGAAGAGAAGCAUAUGCACCGACAAGGAUCGUGGUCAUCCUUGACCUCAAACUCUCCUUUGGUCAGCGGCCCCAUGAGUGGAAUGGUUAGUUCCCAGCCACCACCCGGUCUCCACCACAUCGACGCCGGCCAUCUGGACCCUGCCACUAUGCACUAUUACCGGACACAAUUCUCUCAACAACAUGCCCUGCAACAACAGCAACUCAACCUUCAGCAACAUACCCUCAGCCAGGUGAUGCCCUCAUCCAAUUCGUCCUCACCCAUGCCCGAUGGCUUCAUGACUGGCAAUUCCAUGCACAGUAGUCACCUCAGCUCUGGAUCAAGCCACCACGGCAGCACGACAGGUGCCAUCCGCGGAAACAAUACCAAGGUCAAGCGCAACAACUCGAUCUGCUCGACAACAUCGGUCUCCUCGACCGGCAGUGGUUCCAACAACAAGCACCCAUGCAAGCACCAGAGCUGCGAAUGGAGUUUCAAGCGAUUCGAGCACUUGAAGAGACACAUGUUGGUUCAUACAAAGGAACGUCCCUUCCAAUGCGAUUUCGCCGGAUGUAACAAGUCGUUCAGUCGCUCGGACAACUUUUCGGCCCAUCUCCGUACCCACUCUAAGAAAGCCCUGGCCCAUCGUCGCUAUGACAGUCGUGGACUCGAGACGGGAGGAAGCGCAGGUAUCAAGCAAGAGUCUCAGGAUUCGUCGCAGUCGCUCUCGUCGUCGGCGGAGCAUGGCUCCGGGGGUAUGGCUGGAUUCAUGCCCCACCCAUCUCUCCAUCUGCCAAACAGCUACAGCGCCGGAUCUAUCAGCCAAGACGCGUCUGAGUAUGGCCGCGACUACUCGCCCCCACCUUCUCCUGGUGGCACUCCAAUGGGGCGCCCUUCCUCGGCCAUGGGAACAUCGUCUUCGAUGAACGACGAUGACUCGUUCGACAUGAUGGGUCACUCAGGCUAUUCGUUCGGCAACAGUUCGAUGUACGCCUUGGACCACUUGGACCAUCUUAACAGCAUGGUCCCCCGCUUUGACUCGAUCCGCCUCGACCUCAAGUCGGUCAACCCUGGCGAUAUUCACAAGCAAUACGACGACGCGAACCAGUCGGAGGUACUGCUUUCGAACUCGAACCCUAACGGAGAGUCACCUCGCGCUUCGCCCUUGCCCCAGUACGAGCACUUUUCCUUCCCGUCAUCGAUAUCGACCCACUUUAUGCCCAUGAUGCCUCCAGGAUUCUCGUCCGACUCUGGCAACAACAACAUCCAACAACAGCAGCACUCACAGCACCAGCACAGCACACAUCACAACGGUGGAUUCAGUUCUGAGCCCGACUUCAAGUCGCUUCACUUUUCGCAUGGCUCACAUGGUGCUGGUGGAGACUCUGACUUGCAUUAUUCGCCAUCUCCUCCAUCGAACGAGGACAGCUCUCAUCUUCACCAUCCCCAGCCCUACCAGCACGCUUCGUACCAAUCCAAGGUCGCAGCAACGCCACAGAUGCUCCAGCAUUCGGGUUACGGCUCCCUUCCUCCACUGUCGACGUCGGCUGCGUUGCCUCCUCACCCAUUGAUGUCCAUGUCCUCAUCCCUCACUUCUGGUCUCAAUGAGGUUGCAUCUCGUAAAUAG